AUGACAGCCGUAGCCGCAUCGAAACCGCUGGAAUAUUUAUGUGGAGACGGCCUUCAGUCUUACCUGAACACCUACAAAUGCAUGAACGAAGAGAAGACGAAGAAUGGGAUUCAGAGAUGCGCCGGUAAAGGUAUCAAGUCUAUUAAUCAAUUCCCAGCCAGCCCUGAAGUAAAAUUUGGUGUCUGCAGGCAUUUAAAUGAAAGCAUGGAUUGUGUAGCCAAAUAUGCGGCAACGUGUGGACAGGAAGCAGCCAUAUUUGCAAAGGCUUUUCUAGAGAAGAACUUUGAAACAACGCGAACAAAACUUGAGUGCAGCGGUUACAGCCAGAUUAGCAGCUGGAGUUAUAGCGUCAUGACGACAACGACUGAAAAGAACUUUUGCUCGGAACAGUACACGAAAGACAAACUAAAGAAAUGUCUCAAGUUGCUUCACCCGACUCUAAAAUUGACGCAGAUUAUCAACAACACCAAAGCCAUGUGGACAGCCAAUCAAAUGACGUCAAUUUGCAAAAAUUUACAGCGAUUCAUGCGUUGCGCAGACCACAUAUUCGAAAACUGUGAAAUUCCGCGGAUGAAGACAGUCAGUAAAGUGGUGGAAAGCGUCUUUAGUUACGUCUGUCGCGUGGGACUGGAAACCUACGUCAGAGUUCAAUCUUGUCUGGAAAGAGAGAAAUCAACCAAGAAUACGAUACAACAGUGCGUGAAACAUGUUUUAGAUAUCAAUCCAAAAGACUUCUACGAAAAUGGAAAAUAUGACGAGAAGAAAUUGUGCAAACAAAUGGCUGAAAUGGCUGGUUACACGGAACGCGCUGCCAAUGUGUGUGGUAAACAAGCAGGAGAACUUUUAAAAGAAUUAGUCGGCAACACAAUAUCUCCGUACAGAACUGAUGUCAAAUGCAGUAGUUAUCAUACAGAAUAUAUCUUUCUACCUACCUACCUAUCUAUCUAUGAAUCUGUUCAUAUCUAUCUAUCUAUCUAUCUAUCUAUCUAUCUAUCUCAGUCUGUCCAUAUCUAUCUAUCUAUCUAUCUAUCUAUCUAUCUAUCUAUCUAUAUAAGAGUCUGUUCAUAUCUAUCUAUCUAUGUAUCUAUCUCAGUCUGUCCAUAUCUAUCUAUCUAUCUAUCUAUCUAUCUAUCUAUCUAUCUAUCUAUCUAUCUAUCUAUUUGA